AUGGAGUCCGAUCUUAUUGCCAACACGUCGGCGGAAGAUCUUUGCAGUUCACAGCCAGACUGUGAAAAAGUUUCAGUUAAAGGCCAGGAAGGUUUGUCAUCCACGGAGCAGGGGACGGGAUAUAGGUCAAGUUCAAGUGAGGAUAUCGCAUUACAAAGAGAUGACGGCUCCUAUUACACCAAAUGGACAGUUUUCAUUGCCCUUGCUGUUCCAAAAGCUGCAGCUCCUAAAAAGCCAAAAAAAUGCACAUCUGCCUUUGAGGUGAAAGGCCACAAAGCUCAGAGCUGCUAUCAUAUUGAAUACAAGCUGUUGCCAGGGGACACAGAGACAACCAAAGUGGACCUAUUAGUGUUUGGUCCAGGAGCAAAAAUGUACAAAGAUAAUGAGACCAAGGCGACAACAAGUUUUCAAAAACACAAUGUUGAUGCUUGUGACCUUGGGGAGAUGGGAAACAUUGGCACCAUAUCAGUUGAAGUCAGUCCCAUUGGAUUACUGGCAGGUGAGACCUCAGUGACUGAACGCUUCCAAGUUUGCUCAUCUGGGGUAUUUGAGGUCAUAUGCGACAUCUGCCUGGAAAGACCUCUUUUAUCCAACCAACUAAUAGCUGAACUUAAUCCACUGGUCAUCCGCAUUUUGUCAGCCACCUCAAUGCCUUCAUCCCCGGUCCCUCUCCAUGUCCUACAGGAAAAGUGCAUGCCUGUCUAUUGCCAGUACAAGUUCCAUAACUUGAGCAUGCACAGAACAAACUAUUACGAGCAUGGCACCAACAUCUACUUUAGAGAUGUGAAUGUGAUCCUGACUGGCUCGAUGAAUCCACAAGAGGUCCAAGACUUUUUGGAUAAUCCGUCUCUGCAGAUAGAGGUUCGUGAUCGUGACAGGAAGGUGGAGGAACAAAAAACUCCAUCAACGUGUGACACAAGGUCAGAGAAUGACAUGCAGAGCAAUGCAUCAACAUUUGAUCCUAAAAUGAACACCUAUGGUAUCGCAAACCUAAACCUGUCUGAGUUGCUACUUGGGAAGAAAAGUCUAAAGGUGGACUUACCAAUCAAAUGUGGCCCUCAGCCUCUAAAGCUGGACAGACAGAGAAGUGGAUGGAACAGCAAGAUGACAGAUCCAGCUGCCAGCAGGGAUCCCAUGCCACAGCCUCCAUACUAUGAUUUAGAUUCUCAACUCAAGGUCAAAGUUGAGAUGGCUUGCCCACUGACGACAGAUGAUGGCAGGGAGUUCUACAAUGGUCCAUUUGGCCGUAUUGUCUACCUCAUUGAUUACAACAACUUCUCAGUUAUUACCAAGCUGAGAUCAGAGAUCCUCAGAAUCAAUGCAUCAGCCUUGCAGCUGGACUCACCCUCAUUGGAAAGUAGAGAGAGAGCUCUAUCAAAUAAGGAAGGCCCAAUGAAUUCCAAGCACGAUGAGAGCAUGGAUCUGGAUUUUGUUACAGGAUUUCAUGUGCAAGAUAAGAGGAAACACAUCUUUGUUCUUGAAGGGCUGAAACAUAAAGCAGUGAGGAGACUUUGGGAGGCUGUUCCUAUGAAGUUAAGUGGGACCGAGGCGGAACAGGUGAUCGUCCUCUACAAUUCAAACCUGGGUUUCUUCAAGUGCAUCUAUGGCUCAUUAGAUGUGAGUUUGAGUCCCAUCCAUCUACGUGAUUCACUGCAGAGCAUCAUGAGACAGCCUCGGAUCUACAUUAGGGGAAAGGUACCCCAACCCUGCUUCCAGGCUUUGUCAAGGUUAAGCCAGCUGUGUCAAGUAAGGCAACUCAAAGACGCGGUGCAGUACGACCUCUUCCCCUCAGCUGACAUGAUUGUCAGCAUGAGCAGGGAAUAUGGCACAUCUGCUGAGCAGUGGGAGCAGAAAGCCAUUGCAAACACUAUGAUGGACCUGCCCACUCACCCUGUCAGGAUGAAAAGACAUGCGGCGCUCGACACCGACAACACAGAAUAUAUCAGAUGGAAACACAACAGGCAACAGACGUCAGCCCAGCACUUCAGGGACUACGUCCAGGAAAAUAUUCAAAAUAUGCAAGACCAAAGUGAGCUGUUGCAGAAGCCAGAGGCUGCUGCAUUAAGGUUGGAUCAGGCUGCAACCAUGCCAGUACACAACUACAGCAUCCAGACCUUGAAUUCAAAUGUACAAACCAGGGAGCUGCUCUGCAGAGAGAUGGCUAAGGUGCCGGGCCGAAGGUUCACCUAUAGUCAAGAGUAUCUCAGUGCUAUCGUGGAGCCUGGAGACAUGGCUCCUAAAAAGGACUCUGGCUCUACUGCUGCCUCUACAGCCUGGUUUGGAAAUCUGAGCAGUGACAGGUCCAGGGUGCACCCCAGACACCCAGAUGAGGCUCGUUUGGAUGAGCUGAGGAAGCCAUGGAGAGAGAACAUCCUUCAUGCCAACACACUGAAGCCCACACUUUCACGGGACAGAUGGGUGUGGAGUCAGCACCAUGAGGACUUUCAGCUCUACAGCAAACCUCCAGCAGUGGUGCCUCUAGAAAGGUUUCAUAGGGGUGGCCACACCAAAACCAAAAGCCUUAACUGA